AUGUCCAACGGCGUGCGCAACCUCCGCGCCAUGUUCGAGAACGGCAACGCCGCUGCCUCGCCUGAGCCCCGCGGCCGCUCCCCGACAGACACGGCAGCCGCGACCGACGGCGGCGAAGAGCGUCCCAAGUCCAAGGUGCGCGCCUCGUUUGUCUCGGUCGAGCCCACGCCCACGCCCGCCCACGCCUCGACCGACCUCGGCCAGACCAAGGGCACGCCCUCCAACAGCGUCAACGCGACCCGCCGCGAGAGCUUCCGCGUGAGCCACGACAGGACCGACGAGCUGGCCGAGCUCAAGAAGGUCGUCAGCGAGGAGAAGGAGCAGCGCCGCCAGAGCAUCGCCAUCCCCGAGGCCGUGCCCGAGCAGGCCGUCGCGUCGCGCGAGUCCUCCAUGCCUGCGCCGCCCAUCCGCGACGACACACCCACCAACAUGCCCAACCUGGGCUCCAUCAUGAAGGGCUCCGACUUCCCGGAGUCUGCGGCCGCCGACAUCGCUGUGCCGGCUCCGGAGCUGGAAGAAGUGCCAGUCGACGAGACACCAGCCGAGUCCACCGAGAGCGCUGUCGAGACCGCUCCAGUCCCCGCGCCAGAAGCAGCACCUGCCCAGCCUGCCGAGAACCCGGACAAGGCUACUACAGGCGCGCAGGAGGAUGUCGCCCUGAGACCUGCCGCGCCCACCGAGGAGGCUGUCGUGGACGAAGACAAGCCUGCUCUGCCGGACGCUGCCGUCGAUGACGACGCCGUUGUUGCUGAGGAGAACGCCAUCGCAGAGGAGGCCGCUGUCAUCGAGGAAGCUGCCAUUGCAGAGGAAGCCGAAGCUGUGCAAGCUGAAGCUGCUGCCACCGAGGAGCCCUCUGCCCCGGCCCCAGCCCCAGCUCAGCCCGCCGAGAAUACAGACAAGGCAGUGACGGGUGCUCAAGAGGAGCUUGCUCUACGACCUGCUGCGCCUGCCGACGAAGCCGCUGUUCCCGACGCGACCGCUCCUGCGCCGGCUGAAGCAGUAAUGGCCCCGAGCACCGAACCUGCUUCAGAAGCAGCCACACCUGUUGUAACCAAGGCCAAGGCCAAUGGAACUCCUGGGCUCAAGAAGCCCGAGAUCAGGAAGCCCGCUGCCAUCUCGACUGCCAAACCUGCCAAGGCUCCCGCCGCCCCUGCCAAAAGCCCGCUACCUAAAGCAGCACCCAAGACCCCUACGAAACCCAAGACGGCCGCACCCACCAUCAAGCCUAGUCCAGCUGCGAAGACCACAAAGCCCGCAGCCCCUAAGGAGCCUGUCAAGGCCCCCGUUGCCAAGGCCCCCGCAACAAAGGUUCCAGCCGCAAAGGUUCCAACUGCUAAGACCAGCCGCACCUCUCUGCGACCUGCAACAUCUGCGUCCUCAGCGACGGCAUCCACUGCUGCUGCUGCCUCCAAGACCAAGCCUGCGGCCGCACCUGUGGAGAACAAGAAGCCUGCCAUUCCCAAGCCCACUACUUCCGCCCCCCGCAAAAGCACGUCCCCAACAGGCUUUAAGAAGCCAGCCCCAAAGUCUCCUACUCGUCCAGUCGGUUUACCAACCCGUCUGACUGCGCCGACGGCUGCCUCGGCUGCCAAACAUGGCGAGGAGCCCAAGGUCACACGCAAGCCCUCCACCAACACCCGUCCUACACCCAAGGCCCCGGCACCAAAGACUUCGCGCCCUUCCAUCGCACCCCCUGCGCCCAAACGACCUGAAUCGCGCACCUCAACCGCAAGUGCUGCUCCUAAAGGAGGCUUCCUCGAGCGCAUGAUGCGACCCACGGCCGCCAGCUCCAGCAAGACACACGAUAAGCCCCAUGAAAAGCCGUCAUCACCACCGCGUAAGGCUCCUGCCGCUUCCAAGAUCGGCACUCUACAAAAGGGGAAGAAGAAGGCGGAAGAUGUCGUGUCCAAGGCCAGAGCAGUGGUUACGAACGGAAAUUCUGAGGAGCACAAGGAUGGAGAUGAGCCCGCAAAGGAAUCUGAACAUGGCGAUCGGACAACCGAGGAGCCUAUCGCCAAUGAGCCAACACACGAAUCGCACAAACCAGCCACUCCAGUUCAAGAGGUAGACUCGUCAGUUGCAGAACUCCAGACACCCAACUUCCCAGAGGAGAUGUCUGCGGCUGCGCAAGUGCUGGAGCAAGCAAAGGAAGACCCCUCUACCUUGACGCAAGAGAAAAUCGUCGAGAACCUAGACCCUGUCGAAUGGGAGCGACUAUCGCGAGUGCGAAACAUCGGCAUCGCAGCACACAUCGACUCCGGCAAGACCACCGCCACCGAACGCGUCCUCUUCUACACCGGCCGAAUCAACGCCAUACACGAGGUACGCGGCAAAGAUGCUGUGGGUGCCAAGAUGGACUCUAUGGAUCUCGAGCGUGAGAAGGGCAUCACUAUCCAGUCUGCUGCGACCUUCUGUGACUGGAUCAAGAAGGAUGAUGAAGGAAAGGACCAGAAAUACCACAUCAACUUGAUUGACACCCCAGGCCACAUCGACUUUACAAUCGAGGUAGAGAGAGCACUGCGAGUCCUUGAUGGAGCCGUCAUGAUCCUGUGUGCUGUCAGCGGAGUGCAAAGUCAGACCAUCACAGUCGACAGGCAGAUGAGGCGGUACAACAUUCCAAGGAUUUCCUUUGUGAACAAGAUGGAUCGUAUGGGAGCCAACCCGUGGAAGGCUGUCGAACAGAUCAACCAGAAGCUUCGCAUACCGGCUGCGGCUCUCCAAGUACCCAUCGGCCGCGAGGAUGGCUUUUUGGGUGUUGUGGAUCUGGUCAGGAUGAAGGCGAUUUACAACGAAGGACCCAAGGGCGAGACCAUUAGGGAGACCGACGAGAUACCUGCGGAUAUUCUUGAGCUCUGCAAGGAGAAGAGGCAGAAGCUCAUCGAAACACUUGCAGAUGUCGACGAUGAGAUCGCAGAGCUUUUCUUGGACGAGCAGGAACCGACAAUUCACCAGAUCAAGGCUGCGAUUCGACGAGCCACCAUCUCCCUCAAGUUCACCCCGGUUAUGAUGGGCUCCGCGCUUGCAGACAAAUCCGUCCAACCAAUGCUCGACGCUGUUUGCGACUACCUACCAAACCCCUCCGAAGUCGAGAACAUGGCACUGGACAAGAAGCGAGCAGAGGCACCGGUCAAGCUGGUAUCAUACAACUCUUUGCCAUUUGUCGGUCUGGCUUUCAAGCUAGAAGAAAGUAGUUUUGGACAAUUGACAUACAUCCGUGUGUACCAGGGUACGCUCAGAAAGGGAAUGAAUGUAUUCAACGCGAGGUCAGACAAGAAGGUCAGGAUACCGAAGAUUGUGCGCAUGCACUCCAACGACAUGGAGGAAAUCCAGGAAAUUGGUGCUGGAGAAAUCUGUGCCGUGUUCGGUGUUGACUGCGCGUCUGGAGAUACCUUCACUGACGGUAAUCUUGGAUACACCAUGACCUCCAUGUUCGUACCCGAACCCGUCAUCUCCCUAUCAAUCAAGCCCAAGCACACCAAAGAUACACCCAACUUUAGCAAAGCCAUGAGCCGCUUCACGCGCGAAGACCCUACAUUCCGAGUCCAUACCGACCCCGAAUCGCAAGAGACCAUCAUCUCCGGUAUGGGAGAACUACAUCUGGACAUCUAUGUCGAGCGCAUGCGCCGCGAAUACCGCGUCGAGUGCGAAACCGGACAACCACAAGUCGCCUACCGCGAGACAAUGACCAAGCGCGUCAACUUCGACCACACGCUCAAGAAGCAGAGUGGUGGGUCAGGAGAUUACGCGCGAGUAGUCGGCUGGAUGGAGCCAAGCGAAGCUGCUGGUGAGAACAAGUUCGAGCAACAGAUUUCCGGAGGCACCAUCUCCGAGAAGUUCCUCUUCGCCUGUGAAAAGGGCUUCAUGGCCUCCACGGCCAAGGGCCCGCUUCUCGGCCAUAAGGUUUUGGGUACUUCCAUGAUCAUCAACGACGGAGCUACCCACGCUGUCGAUUCCUCGGAAAUGGCCUUCAAAAUGGCCACCCAGCAAGCUUUCCGCAAAGCUUUCCAGGCCGGUGCGCCUCAGGUACUUGAGCCGCUUAUGAAGACGACCAUCACGGCGCCGAAUGAGUUCCAGGGUUCUGUUGUUGGUCUUCUGAAUAAGCGCAAUGCUGUUAUCAACGAUACGGAGAUUGGUCCGGAGGACUUUACUGUCUAUGCGGAUUGCAGUUUGAACAGCAUGUUUGGCUUUAGCAGCCAGUUGCGUGCUAGUACGCAGGGUAAGGGGGAGUUUAGCAUGGAGUUUAGCCAUUACAGUCCCGCGCCGCCGCAGCUGCAGAAGGAGCUUGUGGCAAAGUACGAGAAGGAACAGCAGGCUAGGAAUGCGUAA